AUGGGAAUCUACAGGAUCAACUUCAGACAAUGGCGACAUUCUAUCAACUUUAGACAAUGGCGACAUUCUAUUAACUUUAGACAAUGGCGACAUUCUAUCAACGUCAGUGGCGACAUUCUAUCAACUUUAGACAAUGGCGACAUUCUAUCAACUUUAGACAAUGGCGACUUUCUAUCAACUUUAGACAAUGGCGACAUUCUAUCAACCUCAGACAAUGGCGACAUUCUAUUAACCUCAGACAAUGGCGACAUUCUAUCAACCUCAGACAAUGGCGACAUUCUAUCAACUUUAGACAAUGGCGACAUUCUAUUAACUUCAUACAAUUUAAUCAACCAGAACUAUAUCGGUAAUUUAUCGAAUUCUGAAACUAACAGCAUUGAAUCAGUUUCAGACAACAUUCAAUCAACUUCAGACUUCAUUUCAUCAACUUCAGACAGUCUUUUUAUCAACUUCAUAUCAAACAAGAUUCAAUCAGGAAGCUGUAGAAGAAGUGUGGAUGUACAAAACACGUGGGUGAGCAACUUGGUCACGUGGGUGAGUAACUUGGUCACGUGGGUGAGUAACUUUGUCACGUGGGUGAGUAACUUGGUCACGUGGGUGAGUAACUUGGUCACGUGGGUGAGCAACUUGGUCACGUGGGUGAGCAACUUGGUCACGUGGGUGAGUAACUUGGUCACGUGGGUGAGUAACUUGGUCACGUUGGUGAGCAACUUGAUCACGUGGAUGAGCAACUUGAUCACGUGGGUGAGCAACUUGGUCACGUGGGUGAGCAACUUGGUCACGUGGGUGAGUAACUUGGUCACGUGGGUGAGUAACUUGGUCACCAACUUGGUCACGUGGGUGAGUAACUUGGUCACGUGGGUGAGCAACUUGGUCACGUGGGUGAGUAACUUGGUCACGUGGGUGAGUAACUUGGUCACGUGGGUGAGCAACUUGGUCACGUGGGUGAGUAACUUGGUCACGUGGGUGAGCAACUUGGUCACGUGGGUGAGCAACUUGGUCACGUGGGUGAGCAACUUGAUCACGUGGGUGAGCAACUUGGUCACGUGGGUGAGCAACUUGGUCACGUGGGUGAGUAACUUGGUCACGUGGCAGUGUACUCACUAG